AUGUGCCCCAAAGUAUGUUAUCGCCUUCGUGGCACAAUCCUCAAACUGAGCACCGCAAAACGGGAUCUCAAGUUGAAUAUCAAGGUCUUCACUGAUGUACUUCACAUGGACAGACACCGCUUUAAACCCGCACUAGAAGCUGUCCAACAAGUUGUUCAAGAAGCCGGGUCUGCAAAUAUUUGGUUAGCAGGACAUUCCCUCGGGUCAUCCAUUGCGAUGAUGGUUGGAAAAUCCAUGGCCCAGGAGGAGUAUAUAGGGCAUUUUAGAAAUAGGAACAAUGUGGAGAAGCAGUUUGGAGCUGGGAUGAUAGGGAGGGUUGCUGUACUGCAGCCAACAUUGGGUGUAUUAAAAGCUGCAGUUGGGAUGGAUCCACAACUAUCCACACAGCUACUUCCUAAAGCAUAUCUAACCAUUAGCGAGAGCUCAUCCUCAUGCAGUAUUUUGGAGGCUCAUGGACUAAGACAAUGGUGGUAUCACAUGUCUCUAGGGCCAGCCUUUGCAGAUUUAUUAAGAAAGAAAUCGAUAAGUGAUCCUGUCCUCAUGGGUGGACCAUGA